GGAGCUGGCAAGAACUGAGACUCCAGCGGGAGCCACCUUUGUCAGGAAUGAAAGACAGCGAGGACAGGGACAAGCAGCACUUUGAUAAGGAGCUGCAAAGUUGCUGUUCCCUGUGGAAGGGAGGGAACACCAGUUUUGGGAAUGGUUCGCAUGUGCCCAAGGAAGGGCAGGGCUCGGUGGAACUCCCUGUCCAGAGGGAGCAACCCUGGCAGGCCUCGAGAGAAUGAAACCUGCUCUUGUACGAGGAGGGAUCCAAAGAGGGCAGGAAGCAGAAGAGCUCACAAAAUCAUCUCAUCUGUCUUCCUGCCUUCCUCAACGAGUCUUUCCACAGCUUCCACUUGCUCCAGGACUGCUGCUUGUGCCAUUCAGCGUGUCUUAAAUGAACUGGACUGGGGGAAUUACCCUGAAAAUCAUAGAAUCACAGACUGGUUUGGGUUGGAAAGGACCUUAAGAUCAUCUACUUCCAACCCCCUGCCAUGGGCAGGGACGCCUCACACUAAACCAUGUCACCCAAGAUAGAAGCAUAGAAUAGUUAGGGUUGGAAAAUGCCCGUCCUCAGUGCAACCCUCCACUUGUGGAGUCAGCGCCAAGUCCUCAUUUAAACCAUGCCCUCAAAGCGUAAGUUCACAGCCAAAGCCUUCUCUAUGCUGUAUGGCUGCAUUCAGGUUCUCACAGGUACAUUUGAUGUAAAAAACACAUCCAAUCUGAAAAGUAAAAUGAAUAAAUGAUUCUCUCUUGUCCAAAAGAACAUGUUACCUGCAGCUGCCCACAAAACUUUACAACAGAGAGGGAAAUGAAGCUGACAAAUUACACUGAGAUGUGCUUUGCCAUGCUUGGAUAACCACCCAUGCCUGCGUUACACAGUGGUGUACGAGGCAGGCAGAGAGGUGAGGGAUUUCCAUCUGGACUUCUCCUUCUUGAGAACUUGUUCCACCAAAGGAACAAUCAAACCUCGAGUCAGGACCAAACCUUCCUGACACCACCAGCAUCCCCUUCCCAAGCAGAGCAUCAUUAACCAGGCUGGUUCUCUGCACUCUGUGAGGUUUGCUGUCUUCACACACUCUUUAGGAGCCAGAAGCAGUUGGAUACAGUGAAUAAAGGACAGUUCUGGGAGGUGUCUUCUGCAAAACUCCCUUGUUCUCCACGCCAUAAAGCUUUUUUGGGAGGCAGCAGAGCAGGAUAUGGCCAAUGCUUAGUGAGGGCAUGGAACUCCCAGUCUUACCCAAGGUAUGGAGAUGCUCAUGGACUGAAUUCCUUGCAGGAGCGUGGCCUGGAGAAGAUAAACAGAGGGGAAACAGGAACGAGUGUGAAGCUGAGUUGCUGAAAGGUUCUAAUCCAGGAGACCUUGAAGCUGAGAAGUUCACGGGUGGAACUCGAGGGGUUUAAGUUAAAAGCAGAAUGUGAUCUGGCCACACAUGGUUUCUAUUUCUACCCAUUCUCAUUUCUAUCCAUCCUCACUUCAUUCCCGCUCCCCUGUUACCAACAGGGGGACAGCAGCGCUUUAAACCACCUCACACUUGGCUCGAGGUGCACAAAGCACCGCACACGGCCUGGUCUGAACCUCUGGCAUUGCCUCAGGAUUAACGCCUGGACACCCAGCGCUGAUCGCCCCCGCCGCAGCGAGCCGUACCUCGGGGGAACCGGCGCCUCUCACUCCGCAGCACAGGGGCGAAGCGGCGGCGCUGACAGGAAGCAGCGGGGCUGGGGCGGCGCGAUACCAGCUCCCGACAUGUCACGACAUGACGCGAUCCCGCCGCCCCCCCCCCCAACCGCUCCCCUCAGCGCGGCCCCGCCCCGUUGCCAUGGCGCCACGCAGCGGGGGCGGGGCCUCCCGUGCCACGUGACCGGCUCCCACCGCCCCCCCGCCGCCGUCAUGGCCGCCAGGCUCGUCCCCGUCCUCAAGUUUGUCACCAAAGGAGGCCUGGCAGGGGGUGCCGUGUAUGUGGCGUACGACCAGGGGCUGCUGGGCAGCAGCACACAAGGUGCUGAAGCCUUCAGGAAAGCUCAGGCAGCGCUGCCUCCAGCCAUCCAGGAGUGGAUAAGUUACACGGGCUGGGAGCUCCCACCCAUUCCAAAACUUGAGUUUUCCCCUUCUGAUUUCUGGAAUAAAGGAGUACGGAUGGUGAUGUCUGCCUUGUCCGUGGCUCCCACCAGGGCCUGUGAAUACACUGCAGAAGGCUGGAAGUACGUGAAGGACCUUGUCAAAUAGUGUCCCGGUUCUCCAGGGUUGUCACUCUCUCCAUCCCGUGUUGGCCGUGGGAUGAGGCCGAGCCCAGCCCUUGGGAAGGCUGCAAUAAAAGACUUUGGAAUUUC